AUGUCCGAAGAAGACACUAAAACGAUUUGGUGCGGAAAUUUAUCUGAACAAGUAAAUGAGGAAUUACUUUACGAGUUGUUUUUGCAGGCAGGUCCUCUUGAAAAAGUGAGAAUCCCAAGAGAUCGAGAUGGUCGACAGCGUAAUUUUGCAUUUAUAACUUAUAGACAUGAGGUGUCAGUGCCAUAUGCUCUCAAUUUAUUCAGUGGAACAGCACUCUACAAUAGGACAUUAUCUAUACAAUGCAGAGGCCAAAUGGUACCAUUACCCCCACCAAUUCGUGCAUAUGGUACAGAAGUACCCAUAGAAUUCCAUGACACCUCUGUUAUUCAGCAAUUUGAAGACAUGACAGAGAAGAUGAAAGAUGACACUCAAAGACCUGUUCCUUUAUUUAGGAAUGAAAUGAAUGAUGCCCUUGUAUUAGCUAGUUUACAAGGGAAUUGGUCUCACAGACAUCAUCCUUAUAAACAAAAAGAAAGCCGUCCAUAUGCGAGGGAUGACUACAGGCACAGAGACAAUAAAAAGAAGCGCUCGAGCCAUUGGCGAGAUAGAAAAAAUCAGAGACAUCAUAGACGGGACUAG